CCCUCUAUCAGAUGCCUCUUUCUCUUCCUAUUCUCCACCUCUUUCUCUUCUCAAUGCAUUCUUUUGUAAAAAAAAAAAAAUUUCCUCUUCCCAACAGGUUUCGAGAGAGACACCUCCCUUUCGCUGGCAUGUUCACCAAAAUUUUCAAAACCAAGAAUUCUAGCUCAGAAUAACAAAACCAAAAAAAAAAGAAAAAAAAACCCCAAAGCCAUUGACAUUGUCUCUCGCCAACACUUUCCUUCUCACACCAACGCCUUAUCGUUCUUCGAAUUCCCUUCGCCGCAGUUCCAACGACCCCAACUUCUCCCCAAACGGUUAGGUUUUUCGCGUCCUACUCGGAUUCCUUGGCCGCAAUUUCGGCGCCGUCCAUUUUUCCCCCACAUUGGCACCAUCGAUCCCUCUCUGCUAGGGAGAAUCCCAGGAAUUCUGAGGUUUCGGCGACGGAACGUGUUUUCUAGGGUUUCUUUGGAGCUGAAAGUGGUGAACCGAAGAGAAGAAGGCAUCUGGUUCGAGCAACGUUUCAGUAUGGUAGUUUGGAUGAUGGAGACACAUACCCUCAGUUUCAGCUCUAUUUGGAUGCAACCAAAUGGGCUACUGUGUCAAUCUAUGAUGCCUUGAGAAUUUAUGUGAAGGAAAUGAUCUUCAGUGCACCCUCAAACUAUAUUGAUGUUUGCAUGUGUUGUGCUACCACUGGUUCUCCCUUCAUAUCUACCCUUGAGCUCAGGUCCUUGAAUCUUUCUGUGUAUGCCACAGAUUUUGAAGGCAGUUUUUUCUUGAAAGUGGCUGCAAGAAUUAACUUUGGUGCUCCAAGUGAAGGAUGUUGUCAGAUUUGAGAGCUCAAAUGCAACUAAGGCAACAAAGACAAUGCUCACAUCUAAGAAUGCAUUAGAUGAGAAUAGCCUCGCAAACCCAACAAAGAUUUCUGGCUAUGUUACUGUUAACAAGGUUGCUGGUAGAGCUUUCCUUUACUGGCUCACUGAAGUUGCCCUAAAUCCUCUCACCAAACCUUUGGUCAUUUGGCUCAAUGGAGGUUAGAACUUAUAUCUACUCAAACCCCUUAUCUGAUAAAUUAUUAUUAUUAUAUUGUCUGGAAGCAUCAUGUCUCGACUAAUCUCUAUGUAACAUAUAAUUAAGUAUUUUAAAUUUUUUCAGAGUUAGAUAUGUAAUGAUUUGAUAUUAUCUAAUAAUCUCUUCUUCACACACACCAAAGUUACUUUAGCAUGCAUUUUCACUACUACAAAAGUUGUUUUCUAUGUCAUGAAUUCUACGAUGGUUUCGAAGAACCGUCGUAGAAGGUGAACCGGUGACAUGUUCGUAAUUAAGGGCAUGAGAACGACGACGUUUGCCGCUACCCGUCGUAGACAUGCAACUGUUGUGGCAAUGGAUAUUUAAGGGGGUAACUUACAAAGACGGUUGUUAGGCAAAAACCGUCUUUGUAUCCUUAACGGUAGCACGUGCCAAGCACAUGAGUGGGCCAACGACAAUACAAAGACAGUGCUCUAGUGAGACCGUCUUUGUUUUUGUUAGAACUUUCACGUGGCAGCCACGUGAUUUGAGGAUGUAAAUUCCAAAGAUGGUCUUAUCCAGAUACCCGUCUUUGGAUUGUUUAUGGUUUCACGUGUAGGCCACGUGAUUGGAGGCGUUCAAAUACAAAGACGGUCGUCACACGACAUCCGUCUUUGUAUUGUUGGUUGUUCACGUGUAAGCCACGUGAUUGGAGGCGUUGAAAUACAAAGACGGUCUUAACUCAAGACCCGUCUUUGUAUUGUUAAAGUAGAAACACGUCAUCAUCUUUGUCAUUUAGAUACAAAGGCGGUCUUAGCCCAAGACCCGUCUUUGUAUUGUUGGUGGUUACACGUGGAGGCCACGUGAUUUAAUGCGUUAACAUACAAAGAUGGGUUUACUCGAAGAACCGUCGUUGUAUGUUUUGUUCGUAGUUGUCAUUCAACAACGGUCGUUGCUAGGACUCGUCGUUGUAUCCGUAAUUGUAUCACGUUUCCGGCACGUGGUUGUUACUUUCCCUUUUUUUGGCACGGGGUAAGAGUUCUUUUGUCGAAAUUUCGUCUGAAAUACUCUUAGUUUGGCGCCCUAGCUAGGUAGACGUACAGACCAUCGUCUUCGACAAAGAGCAUUGUCUCCGACAAACACCAUCUCCUGUCCAUCGCGUGUUGUUCCGUUUGCAGGCACUGCCAACAAAGGUCGUUAGUUGUUGUUGGUGCUCUACAUCGUGGUGUACAUUGUAGUCUUUAACGUUUGUAAGCUGUUUCCAUAAGUGGUCGUUGAUGAAGCUGACUUGUGAGCAUUGACUGAACGACCUUUGGGAACAGCCUCCUUGCGGGCAUUGACUAAACGGGAAGAUCAUCACUUUCAUUGAGCAUCGUUUUGUGUAUCAAGUAAAACAUGGAAAAAAAGCUUUUAGCGCAAAGUGGAAGGAAUUCUACAAUCUUCUAUCGAGCUUGCAGCUCCCCUGGUCCUUAUACGAAGUCACUGAGCAUUACAGCAAGUGAGGGAUCAUCACCAGCAAACAGUGCUCAUUCACGGUCAUUCGAAUGACGACACCCCCGCCAUUACCCACACAGGCUGAGAUUCCUUCUGAUGGGACGUCUAGGAAAGCUAGACAAGCCACUCGGCUAAGAAGGUUGACAGCAAGAACAUUGGAUCAAGCAAGGGCAACAAUGAGUGUGAAUCCAGCCACUGGUAGAGGAUCCGGACCUCACAAGGAUCAGUUUAACAGUUAUCUUGGAGUUGUGGCACGAGACAAGAUUCCAAUUGUUCACUCUACCUGGAAUGAUGUACCUGAAACACUGAAGAACAUGAUAUGGGAUGACAUAUUGGAAAAAUUCGACAUCCCCGAGGGUGAUAAUGCCAAAAAGAAGGUGAUGUCAACGGUGGCAACGCGUUGGCGGCAAUUUAAGUCGGCGUUGACAACAAAAUAUGUGUAUGGUAACACUGACGGGCAAGCAAAAGAUGAUCCUUUGGUUAAAUAUGGCAUUGAUGCAAAAGAUUGGGCUGAGUUUACAAAAAUUAGGCAAACCCCUACCUGGCAGGGGAUACAAAAAAAGGCACAAGAGAUUCAAAAAUACAAUGACUCUCCACACUUGUUGUCUAGGGGAGGCUAUGAGCUGCUAGAAAAAAAAUUAAUGGUUGAAAAAAGGAAGAUACAAGAAGAACAAGCAGCAUUUACUGAGGACCCUUCAUUGUACCUCCCACCAUCACCAAUUUCUAGACACGAGAAGUGGAAGAGUGCACGCACAAAACAAUAUGGCCAGAUGACAUCUCAAGCCGCCAAAGAAAUAGCAGACAAAAUUGACUCUUUGGAAGAGCAAAGCAGACAGGGCAGCAUUGUGCCUUCGGGACGAGAUGAUAUUUUGAACAUGGCUAUUGGAAGACCGGAGCAUCCUGGUCGUGUACGUGGGGCUGGGACAGGGGUGACAAUUACACGGUACUUUGGUCCAGCAUCGCGUCGGUCUACCAGUUCUUCAAACUCCAUCACUGUAGAACAGUUGGCUGAUAUAAUUGGUAACCUAAAGGAAGAAUGGCAAAGACAGGCUGAACAAGAAAACAUUAAAAGAGAGGAGGCGUGGAUGAGGAGGGUAGAAGAGGAAAAACAGCGCACUAUGGACACAUUUAAAGGACAAAUACAACAAGCUAUCAAGUUGGAGUUGUCUCAAAUUGCAUCACAACAUUCAGCCUCACUUCAGCCACAUGAUAUACAAGUUCUGGCAGCAAGGGUAAGCACGAAGGGAAGCUGUGCAGCAGCAGAGACAAAUGCAUUAGGUAAAAAACCCUCUCACUUGAAUGGCGACAACGUCGGCCUGCAUGUAACUGCCGAGAACUCCAACAAAUUAGUGGCAGUGGGCAUACAGUGCGACAGCUUUGGCACCAUUCACAACGUGCCCUACGCUGAUGAUGUUGUUCGGGUGAGUGUGGUGGAAGUUAUUUUCGGAGAUGCGGAGGUUCCGAUCCCUACAUCAGAAAUAAAGUUUGUCAAUGAAGCUUUAGGGAGUUUUGUUUCAUGGCCAAGACACUUGGUCAAACCCAUGUUGGCUAAGGAACCACAUAAGGAUGUCAGCUCACCAUUGAAGACUGUUGAGGAGGAAAAGCUAGCUGAGGUUAUUGAUCCAUUAGGACAGUUGGUGAAGAACUUGUUCGACAUUUACCAAAGGCCUGUUGAGGUGUCAUGGGAUGGUGCUAAAUUUGGGAUCAAUAAUGUCAAAGAUGGCUUCUUCAUCACACACGCUGAUGUGAGCGAGAUCAUUUUAGGAGACAAGUGUUUAAACAUCUCCAUUCUACAGUUAUGGCUUAUGUUUAUUCAUGAUUGGAGUGUGAGCAUUGGUUAUGGAGCAUUGUAUGGGUUCCUUGAACCUCAGUGUAUCCACAAUGCAAACACUAGACGUCAAGAGUGUGAAAAUUACAUUGGAAGGUGGUUGAAGGAAGCAGCAAAACAAAUUUAUAUAACACCUUAUUUAAAUCAGGCCCAUUGGCAGCUCCUUGUAUUGUGCCCAUGUGACAAUGUAGCGGUUUGGUUUUGUUCUUUGCGAAAGAAGCUGGAUGCUGCCAUCAAGGGUGCAGUAAACAGUGCAAUGAAAUCAGUCACCAAAACUGCAGAGGGAAAGCCACCUCAGCAUGGGCCUCAGUGGAUUGAAGCAAAGAGUCAUGUUCAAACAGGAAACUACGAGUGUGAAUACUAUGUUAUGCAUUGGAUAUGGUGCAUUGUAAGUGGUGGAUUGAAGGAUGGCUGGAUUGACUGGUUUUCUGAUCGAUCACCGAUACCAGAAGAGACCAUGACCACACUCCGGCAUAAAUGGGCGGCAUAUUUUAUCCAAAUGAAGAAAGGCGAACCAAGACAGAAUUAGAUAACUUAAGAACAAUUUUCAUUCUAAGCAGAAUUUUUUUUAACUACAAUGCGCAGUCUUCCUUUUUCAUAUCUAUUUUAUGAUUAAACUUCAAUUGUAGUGAUGGAACCAAUUUCCUAUAUCCAGCCCUUAAUUGUGGGCGUGCGUUGAACAGUACAUUGUAUGACUUAAUAUUUUUUUGACUUGAGUUGUAUAUUUGAUA